GUUUUUGUUUCUCAAAAAUAUGCCGACUUUUUUUUUUUUUUUUUUUUCCUUCUUAAAUAUCGGGCUUAUCCUUGGGGUUUGACUUGUGGUUCUGGUGGUUCCGGAAGAAAAAAGUUUGAAUAUUGACCUAUGAUUUUAUAUAGGGGAACUGUUUCAUGGUUUUGGGAGAUGAAUUUUCAGUUUCUGAGACCAGACUUUCCUCUUUUACUUCUAUUAAUGAAUUCGAGCUUGUGAUGAUUUGAUCUCUGUGUUUCCGGCAUCACGUGAUGGGUUUUGGUUGUAAAUUGGUUGUUUUCCGACUUCAGUCUUCUUCCAUGAUUUUAGAUCUCUAUUGGUCUGAAUUUAGUUUAGUUCUCUUCUGGUGAACAUUACUGGAAUCUAGCCUCGUCUUUGUAUCCUUUUCUUGGUUUAACCUUCAUCUCUCAAUUUUUCUUUACCGACCUUUACUUUUUAAUUUCACAUUUGGACUUUUGAGGAAAUUGUUGCUUUAUGGGAGGAUUUAUUUAUUUUAUUUUUUUGCAAAUUGUAUCUUACACCCUGCUUCCUUAUUGUGUCUUCAUCUAAGUCUAUUUUCAAUGUUUACUUAUCUGUGCAAAGGUUUUGGCUUCUAGUUUUAGGCACUGAUUUUCCCAUUUGGUAAAAUGAUUACGUACAAUUAUUUAUAUACAUAUAUGUAAUCGAUAUCCUCAAGGUACUUUGAUCAAAUGGAAGUGACUGGUUUGUCUUCCCUAAGGCUUUAUAUUGAGACCGGUGGGAUCAAGCAACGUGUAGAGUUCAAGUUUAUUUACCAGUAUUGGACGGCUGAUGUUUCGUGUUUGAUCAAUCCUUAUAUUGGCAUGGUUCCUCUGAGAUAUGGUGUUGCAGAAGAGGUCAUAUUAUAGCUUUAAUGGACAACAGGUGCCAACCAAGCGCCGAGCUACUAGAUCAGCUAGGAGAAACGCUACAUUUCAAAGGUUGGAAGAGAAACAAAUGUGUGCAUUUGACUUAUUGGCCACCGUAGCUGACAAUUUAUUGCAAGGGAAACAGAAUCCUACCACAUGUAGUGAUAGUUCAUUGGAAAAAGAUAGGGAUGGAUUUGUAAAAGAGGAGUGCCAAGAUUUAAAUAAACCAUUAAAAACUGAGCUUUCUGAUGAAGCAAGUUGUGACAGAAGAUGUCAGCAUGACUUUGUUAAAGAAGGAUGCCCAGAUGAAAAUAAACCAUUAAAAGCUGAGCUUUCAGACGAAGGAAGUAGUGAUAGAAAAUGUUUCUCUAAUAUUUCUUCCCAAGUGUACAAUCAAAAUUGUUGUUUGAAGGAAUUCGCAGUUCAUGAAAUUGAAGGCCAUUCAUGCAUUGCUUCUAUAGUAACAAGUUCUAGUUGCUCAGAGAAGUUUGUUGCUGAAACACUGGUGGAUGGGAAAGGCCAAAAUGGAACUGAAAAUUUAGCUAGCAAAAUUGAAUUGGGUUCUUCUGGAAGUCCAGAGAGUAUUGGUUUCAAGUUAGAUGGUGAUGUAAGUAAAGUAAAAGAUGUUCAAUUUGGGAAGGCUCCCAUGGAUACUGGGACUGGGUUGUGCUGUUCUGAGGAUCACUUGGAUGAAAAACCUCCAGCACUGGUAAGUUCUUGUUGCAAUGCCAAGUUGUCUGGGUAUGACGACAGCAUGCCUCAUAGCUCAUUGUCCAAAGGUUGUGACAAUGUACUAGUAGAUAGUAGAGAUGAUGACGAAAACUUUUCUGGGUGUGCUCACCCUAGUACCAAAAUAAAGUCCUCUAGACCAAUUACUUGUAUAGAUGAUAGAAAAAUAAACAAAAGAUUGGCUUCAAAAUAUCUUAAAGUUGCUCAAGAAUCCAAGCCUGAUAAGUUAUCUAAUAGUGUAAUCUGUUUUUCAAUUGGCAACGUGUUAGUUUUGGAUGGAAAUUUGAAGCCAGUUUACAGCAAUAGGAAGAACUAUUACAAAAGCCAAAGAUCUGAAAUGAACAUUCCUUUCAAAAAGAGGAAACUUUUUAAAUGCUCUGAUACAAAUUCUAACGGAUAUAUCAGAAGUGGUGACACUUAUUUUUCACUCAAGAACGAAACGAAUCAAAGUGUUUCAUAUUCACCUUCCGGGAUGAGCAAAGAUCAUGGAACAUCAUCCUUGGGGCACUCUGCAUUACGGUCUAGAGAUUCUCAUGUGAAGCUUAGGAUCAAAUCAUUUAGAGUGCCCGAGCUUUUUAUUGAGAUUCCAGAAACUGCAACCAUUGGGUCCUUAAAGAGGACAGUGAUGGAGGCAGUGACUGCAGUACUCGGAGGUGGAUUGCGCGUUGGAGUGAUUCUCCAUGGGAAGAAAGUUAGAGAUGACAGUAAAACUCUACUCCAGACUGGAAUUUCUCGUGAUAACCACCUGGAUGCUUUGGGAUUCGCCUUAGAGCCUAAUUUUUCACAAAAUCUACCACCUGCUUGUGCAACUAAUUCUCUUCGCGUUCCUACUGCGGAUGUGCCUCAACCUUUUAUAGGGUAUCCUUCAAUUCCUGCUGUAAUUCAUCAAAGGAUUCAGGGGUUUUCUAGCAUGUUAGCUGAGCAUCAAGCAACAGGUUUAGGUAACCUCGUCGAAAGUGAUCAUGAUUCAGCUCCUUCUCCCAUCAACACAUCAGGUGAAAAAAAAAUUUCAGAUUCCAAAGAACUUAUUCCUGAAAUGGGUAUGGAGGCACUAGCUGUGCUACCUGGGCAUCAAAAGUCAAAGCGAACCGAAAUCGCACAGCGCCGUAUUCGUAGGCCUUUUUCUGUUGCUGAAGUGGAAGCAUUGGUUCAAGCAGUUGAGAAACUUGGAACUGGAAGGUGGCGUGAUGUUAAGCUUCGUGCUUUUGAUAAUGCAAAGCAUCGAACAUACGUGGAUUUGAAGGAUAAAUGGAAAACACUGGUGCACACUGCAAGAAUAUCCCCUCAGCAAAGGAGGGGAGAGCCUGUUCCUCAGGAACUUUUGGAUAGGGUUCUAAUUGCCCACGCAUAUUGGUCCCAGCAGCAGACUAAGCAACAGCUCAAGCACCAUUCAAAACCUUGCCUUCUCCUUUAAGGCCUUGAUGACUUUGUAGAUCGAUUGUUAAAAGUAUCUUCUGUCAUUUGUAUUUAUUUAUCACUUUGUUUUUUAGUACUGUGCCACACUUCAUCUACCAUGUAAACAAUUUUAACAAGUGAUUCCUGUAGAGAAUUUGCGUAACAGGUUAUCCACUCCGAAGUGAUGAUACAACUUUAUCUGCAAAUUCAA